UGGUUUCUAAUGUUGACAGUGGCAACUGACAGCAGAAGUAGUUGCAGAAACCAUAAAUAGAAAACAAAGGAAUUUUUCUUUUCUACCUUUUGCAUUAUUCUUAUGUAACUGAAGUUGAAUAACAAUUAAUUACGCACAUUUCUUGAAUUCAACUAAGGUUAAAUCAGAUAAAAUUAUGAGUGUAGAUCUAAGUGCUAAAUCGUUGGCUCAGUGGUUCUCUGAUCCUGAACAACACAAAUGUGGUUACUGCAAAAGUUCUUCAGGGAGCAUGUCUUUUGGGAUGUUAACUGAAGAACUAACAGUUGAAGAUUAUAAGGAUUUGAUUGAUCGAGGUUGGAGGAGAUCUGGUAAAUACUGUUAUAAACCGAUAAUGAAUGAAACCUGCUGCCCCCAAUAUGCCAUUAGGUGUGAUACUACACAGUUUACAUUAAACAAAUCCCACAAAAAGAUAAUGAAGAAAUUUAACAAAUUCCUCAAUGAUGGAGUUUUUAAUAAAAAUACAUAUACACAUCAGCAAGAUGAGAGUACUAUUCAAAUGCCGGGCUUUAACAAAGUGAGCACAAUUAUUGAUUUAUACCAAGAAAUAACUACUGAAGAAGGAAACUUGAAUAAUAUUACAUACAACGAGGUGAAAGACACAGAUGGGGAUAAACAUUUGGCACAAACAUCUAUUGAUAAUGGUACUAAGAAAUCAAAUGCAUUUGCAGACUCCAUAAAUACAUCCAGUCUGCCGAAAUAUAUUAAGAAAGGUCUUAAAGAGGGCACUGGUGCAGAUCCUACACGACCUCCAUGUAAAAAGGCUAAGCUGUUACGAUUAGAAAAGAAAAAAGAUAAAUUAUCCCUGAAAGGUGAACAGCUUCCAUUAGCCCCUAAAUCAAAUGGAACUGAAAAGUCACUGAGGCAGUUUUUAGAAGACGUACAGCCCUCUUUCAAACAUAAUCUAAAGCUUAAGCUAAUCUCCACAACUCGUGGCGAAGAAUGGAAGCAAGUAAAAGAUGUCGAGUUUGAGUUAUAUUUUAAGUAUCAAAGUAUUGUUCACAAUGAUCCACCUGAGCGUUGGACUGUUCGCAAUUUUGAGAGAUUUUUAGUUUCAUCACCUCUUAAGCUAGUUCUGGAACGAAUGGACGUAAGCCAUGAAACGUUCAGAGAGAGCUCUGACCUCUUUAAAAAGUAUCAGAUGGCCGUACAUAAUGAACGUCCCGAUGAUUGCGACGACGACUCAUUUUACGAAUUUCUAGUUAGUACACCACUAAAGCAUAAACCAUUCCCGAAUGGUAUUGAUGGUCCAGGAUAUGGAUCUUUCCAUCAACAAUACUGGAUAGACGAUAAACUGAUUGCCGUUGGUGUUAUUGAUAUACUCCCAGGUUGUCUUAGUUCCGUAUACUUUUUUUAUGAUCCAGAUUAUAGGGACUUGACUCUUGGGACAUAUGGAUCAUUAAGGGAAAUUCAACUGGUGCUGGACCUGCAGAAUAAAAUCCCAAACUUCAAGUAUUACUAUAUGGGAUUCUACAUACAUUCAUGUCCAAAAAUGCGUUAUAAAGGCAAGCUGAAUCCAUCGUACCUGUUGUGUCCUGAAACGUACACUUGGUUCAAAAUUGAUAAAUGUGUGCCAAAAUUGGAUAUCAGUAAAUAUUCGCGACUGAAUGAAGAUUCACGCGUAGUAGAUACAAAUAGUGGUACUGUUGAUGAAGUCAAUAAGAUCAUGGUUGUAUAUGGCCAUAAAUUAAUGUACAUGCGAGAUUUUUUGCGUGUUUGCGAAGAUCAGAAAGAUGGGUUUAAUAACUUAGUUAAACAAGUAGGAAAGAAAUCGGCUCUGAAUAUUGUUUUUUGGGUCUGUUCAAGUUGAAUUUAUGUCCAACCGAUUACAAAAUUACGUCCACACUAAAAGAUUAUUAAAUUAUCGUUAUAUGCUGAAAAGUAAAAGUUUUAUUAAAGUUUUAUGUUUUGUUUAGAUUGUUAGAAAAUAAUUUGCUUUUUGGUUGCUCAAAAAAGUGCUACUUGCUAAAUUGAUUUAUUGGCAAUGCUGAUUAACGAAUCACUACUUUUUAAUUUGUACCAGUUUUUAUUGGUAUGUUUAGUGUAAGUUGCUGACAAAAUUAAAAUACAAAAAAGUUAUCUAA